AAGGGUUGAAGGUCACGCACGAAUUUUGGGGAGAACCAAAACAUUGGCAACCAUUGGCAUAACUUGAUUGUCUCGGAUUUCAUUGUAACUCUGUUACUUUGUUACUGCUAGGUCUUCUGCUAAGUAAAGGUGUAUUGCGAGUACUCUUUUGUAAGCCUUCAUCAUGAGAUUCCGGAUGAAUUUGAAGCGUAGUUGUGCUGCCUUUCUGGCUCUGUCGUCGGGGUCGGUUUUGUCCAUUCUCGUUGGGAGCUUGGCGGGGUUUGGCUGCAAUCCGAUGAUUGCUAGUGCUGCCGAAGUGCCACACGAUUCACAGUCACACCGUCACGGUGGGGUGGAGAAACCACGAAUAGCUAUAAUUGGAGGUGGUGUAGGUGGCACAUCAGCAGCCUAUUUCCUCCGCAAGCUUCUCGGGUCGUCAGCGUCCAUUGAUCUGUACGAGCCGCAUGUGAUUGGUGGACGAGUGGCCACUGUGAACAUCGCGGGGCGUGACUAUGAGAGUGGUGGCAGCAUUAUCCAUCCCAAAAAUAAGUACAUGGUCGACUUCCGUCAGGAAUUUGGCCUGAAGGAGAGAGCAAAGCAUGACAGACCAGCGGGGUUCUACAAUGGCGAAGAGUUUGUCUUUACAGAGAGCAACUGGGCCGUUAUAACCAUGCUGCGUUUGCUAUGGCGCUAUGGGUUGGAUUGCUUUUACAUUUACAGGCAUGUCGAUACCAUGCUCACUGCAUUUAGCAGGAUUUAUCAGCUGCAAGAUGAGGGCCAGGCAUUUGACAGCCCUGCUGACAUGCUGCGUGCCAUGGGCGGGGAUGAGUUCGUUGAGUGGACGCACGCACCCCUGCAGCAGGUGUUGAAGCAACAAGGCUUCUCAGAUCGUUUCAUCAAUGAGGUUGCGUCUGUGGCAAUGAGAAACAACUACGGACAGAGUAUCAACAUGACAGCGUUCGCAGGUAUGGUAUCCUUAGCAGGGGUGCAGCCUGGACUAUGGGCUGUCCAAGGAGGGAACAAGCUAAUCCCAGAAGCCCUUCUGAAUUCUUCUCAGGCUCUUUGGCAUCACGCCAAGGUGAGCUCUGUCAAGAACACCACCAAGGGAGGCGAGACCACGUUCAAGGUGACAGCGGUGGGCCCUGAUCCCAACCAAGUCUCAACAGCAGAGUAUGAUGUGGUGAUUGUAGCAACACCGCUUACCCCCGGCGUGGGAUCUAAGAUCGAGUUCCAGGGUUUUACGCCGAGUAUCGGGCUGUUUGGUGGUCGUUACCAACGCACCGUGGCAACUUUCAUCCACGGCCAGACAGACCCGGAAGCGUUUGGGAAAAAGCGGGAUGAGUUUCUCCCCGACGUGGAAACGACUCGCAACAUCAGUCUCGAAAUCCGCACACUCGCACAGAAUUCCCCCGUGGAUACAACGCAAGGGGAACAGAAGACUAAAGAUGCGAGCGCCGCGGUGUACAAGAUAUUUUCUGGGGAUCAGUUAAGCGAGAAACAGAUCCAGACUCUGUUUGUGUCACAUGACAGUGAGGAGGUUGUCGAUUGGCUGGCAUAUCCACAUUACACAGUGGAUGACAGCUUGCCGCCGUUCGUCUUAAGUGAGGGAUUGUAUUACAUUAACGGCAUCGAGUGGGCCGCUAGUGCGAUGGAAAUGUCCGUGAUUGGGGCUCGGAAUGUCGCCUUGCUGGUUGGAAAACACUGGCAAAGAACCAAGUCACCGGCCAAAAUUCCCAGUGAAAAGCCAAUGAAUGGCGAGUUGUAGGCCUUAACUACAAUGUGGUUUUUAAGAAACAAGACAAA